UACAAUGUCAGGUCAGGAUGCAUUGUUGUUCCCGCGUCGAUAAAAAUGAUCGAAUGGAAUUCCUUGCUGCUGGUGCAAAUUGUCCUCAGUGGUUUGAGAACUCACGUGAUUUAAGAAAAAAGGUAGCCGCCAUAUUGAUUUCCCUGUUGGUGGGCUGGACUGCACCAUAGCUUGAGUUCAUGUUUGAUGUACAGUUCCGUUUUAAAGAGUUAAAAAGUGUAAAUACAAUUAAGAUAAAAUUUACCUUAUUUCAAAUUAAAGCGUACUUUUUACUUAAACAGUGGCAAAGCGUAAUAUUAAGUUAUUUAUAUUUUUUCGAACUAGCGAGAGCAUAUAACUAUUAGUAUUACUUAAGAAAUUGAAAGACUAGGGGUAUCGGUUGAUUUAUUUUUUGGAAGUAAAAAAUCAUAUGCCUAAAACGUUUGGUAAGGGAAAAUUACGUACCGAAAGGGUCCGAGAUCAACGGUGGCGUCCGGCGUGAAAAAAGCCUUACAGUUUGUACACAGUGGCUCCUACGUUGGCAUUUGAAAUGCCUGUUCGUAGACAAGGUGAGGCUCAUAGAGCUUUGGAGCUGUUAGAAGAAUAUCAUUCCAAAUUAAUUAAACCUGAAGAUAAACAGCUGAGGUAUGCUAUUGAACGAGUUAUCAGAAUCUUUAAAAGUCGACUUUUUCUGGCUUUAUUAGACAUCCAAGAAUUCUAUGAAAUGACUCUUCUGGAUGACAAUAAAAGUGUCCAACAGAAGACAGCAGAAACCUUACAGAUUGCUUGUAAAUGGGAGAAUAGUCCCCCUAUUGCAGGCUUGAAUAAUGAGAAAUGUACAUACAGAAGGGAAGACUUCCCUAUUUCGUCAGCUUCUGGUGAUCAUAAAGAUUUUUCUGAGUUUGACGGACUUCCCAGAGCUUUAAUGGAGAGGGCGCUGCCAGUCUCUGAUUACUACUGUAGUAACGUGUCAGACUCACCCAGAAAAAGCAACGACAGUUUCCAUGCUCAAGAUAAUGUUCCGACAAAUGGUGAAGAAGACUGGGAAUAUGAAGAAAUAACUUUGGAAAGAGGAGGAGCAGGGCUAGGGUUCAGUAUUGCUGGAGGAAUAAAUAAUCCACAUGUUGAAGGUGAUCCUAGUGUGUACAUUACUAAACUUAUUCCAGGAGGUGCUGCAGCAGCAGAUGGAAGGUUACAGGUUGAUGACAUUAUACUCAAAGUUAAUGAUGUUGAAUUGAUUGAUGUUCCUCACUCUGUGGCAGUUGAUGCAUUAAAAAGAGCAGGAAAUACAGUACAUUUGUUUGUGAAAAGAAGACGACUUCAUCACAGCCAUGUUUUAACAAUAGAAUUAGUUAAAGGAAAAAGAGGCCUUGGAUUUAGUAUUGCAGGGGGAAUAGGUAACCAGCAUGUAGUAGGAGACAAUGGAAUUUACAUUACUAAAAUCCUGGAAGGAGGAGCAGCUCACAUAGAUGGUACAUUAGAAGUAGGAGAUAAACUUGUUGCAGUCAAUGAUAGGGACUUAGAAAAUGUAACACAUGAAGAGGCUGUAGCUAUAUUGAAAGCUACUGCUGACCAUGUGGUUCUUACAGUAGAGAAAAGAUCACAAUCUUUGUACAUGAAUCACUCAUUACCAAACCCAAUACCUUCUCCCAUUGAAUCUGCUCAAGAAAACAUUCGCACAGCCACUCCAUCUUCAUUAAACAUCCCUAUCACUUUCUCAGUCAAUGGGGUGGAUUUGAGGCACGCGACACACGAGGAGGCAGCGGUAGCGUUGAAGGGAGCAGGACAGUCUGUCAGCAUGAUAGUGCAGUAUAGACCAGAGGAGUACAAUAAAUUUGAAGCAAAGAUUCAUGAUCUGCGAGAACAAAUGUUAAACACAUCAGGAAGCUUGCGUACCUCUCAGAAGCGGUCCCUCUAUGUUAGGGCCUUGUUUGACUAUGAUCCCUCAAAAGACAGUGGCCUUCCUAGCAGAGGUCUACCAUUUCAGUUUGGUGACAUUCUUCAUGUUAUCAAUGCUAGUGAUGAUGAGUGGUGGCAGUCAAGAAAAAUUCUUCCAAAUGGGGAGGAGGAGGGCAUAGGAAUCAUUCCAAGUAAAAGGAGGGUUGAGAGGAGGGAAAGAGCCCGGCUGAAGUCAGUCAAAUUUCAGGGAAAGAAUAGUUUUAGUGAUGGAAAAAGUACACUAGAUAGAAAGAAAAAAAAUUUCUCAUUUUCUCGAAAGUUCCCUUUUAUGAAAAACAGAGACAAUAGUGCUGAAGAUGGCAGUGAUGGAGAAAGAGAUUAUUCCCCAACAAAAGAUCCAGUCAGUAUUACAAACACUAGUGACAGUGAGGCCAGUAGCAUUAAAGGACAUGAAGAACAUAUGCUCUCUUAUGAAGCAGUUACACAGCAAGAGGUUACUUAUGCACGACCAAUAAUUAUUUUGGGACCACUGAAAGAUAGAAUUAAUGAUGAUCUCAUCUCUGAACACCCAGAUAAGUUUGGUAGUUGUAUACCUCAUACCACUCGACCAAAACGGGACUAUGAAGUUGAUGGUCGAGACUAUCAUUUUGUGGGUUCUAGAGAGCAGAUGGAGAGAGACAUUCAGAAUCACUUGUUCAUUGAGGCUGGUCAAUAUAAUGAUAACUUGUAUGGAACAAGUGUAUCAUCAGUAAAGGAGGUUGCAGAAAAGGGUAAACAUUGCAUCUUAGAUGUGAGUGGUAAUGCCAUUAGGAGGCUACAAAUGGCAGGGCUUCACCCAAUAGCCAUAUUCAUUAAACCUAAGUCAGUAGAAUCUAUAAUGGAAAUGAACAAAAGGAUUACAGAAGAACAAGCUAGUAAAACCUAUGAAAGAGCAAUCAGACUUGAACAAGAAUUUGCAGAAUAUUUUACAGCUAUUGUUCAGGGUGAUACACCUGAGGAGGUCUAUGGAAAGGUGAAACAGAAUAUUGAAGAACAAGCUGGUCCCACCAUAUGGAUAACAGCAAAGGAAAAACUUUGAGCACACACUACCAUCUGCUGGAGUGUGUUCUGUCAGCCUAAUGCCUGUGUGUGUGCAUAACUGGAUAAAUAGACAUCCCUAUAUUUUUUUUUUUGCCACUGUAACAACUCAAAACCUUUAGUUUUGACCUUACCUCUGUUUGUUAUCAUUACCCAUUUUAAGAUGACUGAAGGCAGCUAGAGGCCUGGAAACAUGCUACACUGUUUCUGCUAUUGAAAAGAACAGUAUCAAAUACCAUCAGUAGGUAAUAUGUAAACUGAUUUAUUUGGUUAAAAAUGCCAAAAUCACAUUUGAGAGCUACUGAAAGAAGAUAACAAAAUGUAUAAUUAAUCGUAUCUUGUUUGCUGUACAGUUGUUUUCAUACUUCAGUGUAGAGGAUACUAUAGUAGCUCUUUAAGUUGGUAAUGCUGCUGUACAAAUUAGAUAAAUUAUGCCUUCAUACACACAGGUUGUGUUAAGUGCUUUCAGAACUUGUAUCAUACUAUCAUCAGUAUUCCACAGUCAUUCACUAAGUUUUGUUUUAUUAAUCAUAAUGUUGUUGUUGGUUUGUUUAUAAAAUUGUUUUAUUUACAUACUUGGCUCAUCAGAACAACUGAAUUUAUUCAUUAGCUUCUGUUUUCUGACAAUAUGAUAUGAUUAUCUGCUUACACAAAUACUGACUGUUACUGAUACCAGAACUAGGUUCAUAAAAGGGUCAUGUGAUUUCAUGAAGUAGUGUAAGACCAUUGAUAAAGUAAACAACAUGAUUUCAAAAUACUUGAAUAAAAUUAAUUCAUAAAAAAAAUUAAAUUGCAAAGUUGAAAGUAUGACUUAUCACAUUAACUAUACUUAAAAAAUGUGUAUAAAAGGCAUAAAAACUUUACCACAGUAUCCAAGAUACAUAAAGGGAUUGAAAAAUCUUUUAAAAAAAUGGGAAAAAUUUUUCUUAACUUAGACAUUUUUAAUUCCUGAGUUAUAAUCAGUGUACCAGAAUUGACAACAGUAAGAAUUUGAAGAACAUUAUUAAGAAAAAUCUGAUGAGUUUCAGAGACAGUUCUCUUAUGAUUACUAAAGUAGCCAUGUGACUAUCACACAUCUAAAGUAAAGUAAAAAAUUGAAGGGUAGUGCAGCUAUUUUUAAAGACUAUUUCGAAAGAUUUCCUGGACCAGAAUAUUAGUAAUGAUUACAGUAAUUUUAAGAAUAGUAGUUAAGGUUGUGUGUUUGUGGAAGAUACUAAAUUAUUCCAGUUGUUGUUAAAAUUAAAGAAGUUAUUUUUUGAUUGUAGAAGUCUAUCUGGUGAGCUGGAUAUUUUAUAUUGUGUAAUAGAAAAGUGGUUUUUAACUUAGCAUUCGUUUUAUUGUGCCUUGUAUAUACAUAGUGUAUACAUAUACUUGUUUUAUAAGUAAUUAAUCCUGUAUAGAUAAUCACUGUUAUUUUUAUUGAUCUGUUUUGUUUUAAAUAUCAGCUUAUUUAAAAUUGUUCUCUUCAGUUUGUGCUAAUUUUUCAACACAGCUGACAUUUUUUGCACCCCAACUGUACUUUAAUGGUUAUUAGUUAUUUUUGCUGAUCAUUUUAACAUACACUUUUAAUGUUUUUACUAUCAGUACUUUUAAGUUAGUUUUUGAACAGGGAAGUGGAUGUUUCACUAUAAAUCACUUUACGAUAAAAAAAUGGCAUGCAAAAUGAUCUAUGGAACUUGUAAUGUGAUGGACAUAAAAGUUUAUGAUAUAGGCUGUGAAAUAAAAACAACAACUUACAAUCAAAUAUAUUUAUAUUUUAAAAAUUUUACAAGAAAAGAAUUGCCAAACAUAUAUUAGAUGUACUUCUAACUCUUCAAUUUGUUCAAAGUAGUCUUAACUUUUUCUGCUAGCCUGACCUUAUCUGAAACAGCAGAAGAAUUUCAUUCAGGAUUUCCAUCAUCAUCAUUCUCAUCAGCAGAGUGAAUGUCACUACUGUAUGUCUCUUCUCAUGUAUGAAAUAAAAGCUUAAGGGUGAAUAGUACACUUGCA